AUGAAGUUCUUACUGGCCUGUGUCCUCCACGCCGUUGUGAUCUUCGUGGCGUUUGGUCUGAAUUGGGAACACUGCGAAAAAAACGAUCUCGAAAUCAGGACGCUGCUUGACUGCGUCGAAUCGAAGGUUCCCUUUUAUCUCAAAGCCAAGCUGAACGAAACGGUAAAGAAACUCGGAUGCACCGAAAAGCUGUGUGCCGUGCGAAAGGUGUGUGGCCAAGCUGACGUGGAAGAAACCCUCCAGCAGCAUUUCCCAGCCGCUGAGGUGGGUAUGCUCAAACGAAUGGCGUCCAGGUGCGAACGCCUUGGCAAUCUUGUCUAUCCUGGUGGUGAUCCUUAA